CUCUUUGCACCUCCUCAGUAGUGACUUCAGCCUGGGUGGAGGGGGAGGAGCAGGCUGCUCUCCUCCUCUCUCUCUGCUCUGCUCCCAUGUUGAUGUUUGUUGUUUGCGAGGGUGGCAGCAGCACUGUGUGUCUGUGUGUGUGAGUGUGUGUGUGGAGGGGGAGAGAGAGGGACACAAUGUGAGAGGAGAGGGCUGUCGACUGACCUGCCUCCUCCACGCUUCUUCUUCUUCUUCUUGGGGGGAAUGCUGCAACUUCUGGUGAAGGUUUCUGCUGAUUAUUCUUCGGACAUUAUGGCUGUAAAAAGGUCCUGCUCGGCUCGCGUUGUGCGCAAAGACUCGUAGUGUCUGAGCUGAGCGACCAGCCAGUCAGGAUGCUGGAGCUGGAGCUCGUCUAAAGAAGGACCCCUUUUCUCUGGAUAUCCCCUUUUUUUAAAACGAACUUCUUCACCCGGCGAUUUGCCCAUUACAAACUAUAUUUUUUUACCCCUUAAACUUUUAAAAAUGGUGUUCUUCGCCUUGUCGUCGGCUCGUAACAAACCCGGGUAACCAAGAGGACUAGUAGCUACGUGACAACACCCCAGCACGACGACGACGACGACCACCAGUACUAUCCAACGAGGCAACAUCUGCCCCGGGAUUUACUCAAACUCAGCUGUGGCGCAUUGAAUCAGCACUUGAUGCAUCUCGGGGUGUCUGAGUCCAUGAGAGAGUGCGAGUACAGCCAGAUAAGCACUCGCAGCUCCACACCAAUGGAGACCCCCUACAAGAAAAGGACCCCAAAGAGGAGGAAGUGGGAGUCCUUCCCUGGUCGGAAUAAGUUUUACUGCAAUGGGAGGAUUAUGAUGGCCAAGCAGACUGGGGUGUUCUACCUCACCCUGAUACUCAUCUUAGUGACUUGUGGACUUUUCUUCACCUUUGAUUGUCCGUUCCUGGCGCUGCAGUUGACCCCAGUCAUCCCAGUCAUAGGAGGUGUGCUGUUUAUGUUUGUAUUGGGGACCCUCCUCAGAACCAGCUUCAGCGACCCAGGGGUGCUGCCCAGGGCUACGCCAGAUGAAGCAGCAGACCUGGAGAGGCAAAUAGACGUGGCUAACGGCAGCACAGGCUACAGGCCUCCUCCCAGGACCAAGGAGGUAGUCAUCAAUGGCCAGACAGUAAAGCUGAAGUAUUGCUUCACCUGCAAGAUCUUCAGACCGCCACGUGCCUCCCACUGCAGCCUCUGUGACAACUGUGUGGAGCGUUUCGACCACCACUGUCCCUGGGUGGGGAACUGCGUGGGAAGGAGGAACUACCGUUUCUUCUACAUGUUCAUCCUCUCGCUCUCCUUCCUUACCAUCUUCAUCUUCUCCUUCGUCAUCACACACAUCAUUUUACGCUCCCAUCGAAGCGGGUUUCUCAACGCACUUAAAGAAAGUCCUGCCAGUGUGCUUGAGGUGGUGGUGUGUUUCUUCUCGGUCUGGUCCAUAGUGGGCCUCUCAGGCUUCCACACCUACCUGAUCAGCUCCAACCAGACCACCAAUGAAGACAUAAAAGGGUCAUGGUCUUCUAAAAGAGGGAAGGACAACUAUAACCCCUACAGCCAUGGCAAUAUAUUCACCAACUGCUGUGCAGCACUGUGUGGACCCCUGCCACCCAGCCUCAUUGACACACGGGGCUUCGUCCAAUCAGACACGCCGCAGCUGGCGCCACCACCAACCAAUGGCAUCACUAUGUAUGGCGCCACCCAGUCCCAGCAGAGCCACAUGAAGCUUAGUUUAGUUAAAAUCCUGAAGAUUUCAGUCCUGGUUGAUUUGGCGACACCUGUGGUUCCUGGUGGUAACAGCAAGUGUGGUUUAAUACUAGAGGAAACACUCCCAGAGCAGCUACUUUGUCAGGAAUACAACAGAAGAGCAACAGAUGUAUCUGUUUACAAGUGCAGCUAAGCAAACUCAUGUUGUUUUAAUAAAGAAGUCAGUCAAUAAUUGGAAUCCUGCAUGAGAAUGGUGGACUAACACUAACAAUGAAAACUACUAUAUAGAGAAAUAAUUACAGAAGGUAAAUAUUUAGAAAUUUCUAUUGCUGGAAAAAAAGGGGGUUUGAUUUCAUGUAGUACAGAAGGAUUAUAACGUUAAGGAACAUUUUGAGAGUUGUUUGAAUUCACCGGUCCUUAGUUCCUUGGCUGCACUACUCACCCAGGCCAUACUGUGACUCCUACUGGGCCAGGCCUUGGUCAGCAUGACUCACAGAGACAAAGCACCUUUCACUGCAGCCUGUCUGACAGAGUGGAUCUCUAGCUGUUGUCUUUGCCAGAAACAGAAAAUCAACUGUCACAAAUCGAGGCAGAUUAAUUUAGCCCCAUGUCAGUUUGAGGAAUCCAAACAGCAGGCACUGUGCAUCAUAUUAUUUUGUCUCCGAUUAAUUCUGAUUGUAAUGGCAAACAUUUGCUAUUGGUUUAAGGACUGGCCUAGGGACUGGUCUCUUUAUCCAGACCUUGGAAAGCAAACCCAGUUAAUCUAUCUCAUCUCACUGAUGAAACUGAUGAAAUUUCUCUGGAUUGCAAAGAGUGAGUCAGUGAUGUUUUCAAUUUUGCAUGUGUCGCACCGUGUCGUCUGUAAAUUAGGUCAGCAGUAGCAAGGAAGUGUGUGUGUCUGUGCUGAGGUAGCAUGGCACUGUAUGAUUUAGUCAUUCUCCUGUCUUACAGUUUAUCAGUCAGAAUACUGUGUGUAAGAUUAAGGCUUUCCACAUCAUGCUGAUAAUCCAAUUGUUGCAGUGGGCCCAAGAAAAACAAUGAGCAGGAAUCAGAGAGCGAUAACACAUAAUGCACCAUUGUGUACAACUAACAAAGUGAAAGUACACCACAGACAGUAAACAGAUAUCUCCUCGCAGUCUUGGAGAGAAUAGCUGGUGUUGAGAAGAGGACAUUGUUCUGACCUCACUGACCAGUUUCCCUCUGGUGCCUGAAUAGAAGCAACAAGUCCUCUGUUGUUCAGUUUAGCCGUUAACCUCACACAUUAGAUUUAAGGCCUAUUCACACACAGCUACUAAACGUCUUUCCCUGGUGCCCAUCCCUCAGCGCCACAGUCAUCUCGUUGUUCUCACCCAUACGCGACCUCAUCCUGUCAGUUCUCAUUGAGACGUCGAACAUGAAGGUCAUCUGUCUCCAGGUCCUAAAUGUGUGGACUACUUGUAAUGGGGCUGAGAGCCAAAGGAACAUUCCUGUACGUUAGCACAUUCAGAAAUAACUGGCAUGUGUUUAAUGUAGCGGUCAGAGUUGUCCUAUUUCGCUGGCUGCUUGCCAUUUAUCUGCCCACUGAUAGAGUCAGCUGUUUACUUAAUAUCUAUUUGUUAACAUGUUACCUUGGUAACACAUCAGGGCUGGACCACUCAUGUCACUCGAGAGGCUGCUGGCUUGGUUUAGUUAAAUCGUUCAAACCACGAUGAGUAAAAGUCUCCCAUCCCUUUUGUCUGUUUACUACAGAGGUGUGUGGGUGGGUGCUAUUUGGAGAAAGUGUGUGAAUGUACAUGAAGUGUGUGUGUGUGUGUGUGUGUGUGUGUGUGUGUGUGUGAGAGAUAUAAAGAGACGGCAGCGAAGCAAAUUAUAAAAUACAAAUGUUUUGUACUUGAUUCAGUAAUUUGUUGCAUUUAAUUUAGCCAGUUAAUGUAAUGUUACACUGAUUGCGGAUAACGCAGUACAGUAGGUCGGACAUUUUUAUCUUAGAAUCUCUUGACGUCAACUCAGGACAUGUCACAUUAAAUAAGUUGGGCAUGGAUUAACAUUUCUACGCCUAAAGAUGACAGAGAAGAAAUACAGUUGAUUUUUUUUACAGUGGUCUUUUCCCUUUUUUAACUAGAAAUUGAUUGAAAAUCUGGUGUGGAGACGUUAAGUACUGAGUAAACACAGCACGCGUUUGUACCUCCAAUUAUAUUGUUGACUGUCCCACAUUAGGAUUGUGUUUCUGCAGUAUUGUGUUGGUUAAUGAAUUGAGGUUGCAUUUGCAUUUGGGCGAUGAAAGCCCCGUUUCUUUGUGAGGUACUUUUGUCUGUGAUGCAUCUUAAAAAGACGGCCUGGUAUGUAGAAGCCUUGCAAGCAGUUGCCAUGGUAACAGUGUAACCUCGAUAAUGUAAAACCUCCAUUUGGGAUUUGGCUUGGGGGGGGGGGGGGGGGGGGGGCAAUUUGAUUGACAGCAGUCAUCAUCGCCUCCAGUUAAAGGGUCAGUUCACCCAGAUUUGAAAAUAUAACACAAAAAAUGGUAGAUGUUCUCUGGUUACAGCUUCUCAAAUGUCAGAAUGCCUAGCUUUCCUCUGUUUUAUAGCAUAAAUGUAAUAUGCCGUGAGCUUUAAUUUCCAUUAUAAAUACAACCAGCAAUAUCUGCAUGGGUAGAUAUUACUGUAAGCUCAUGAGAAAAUAUGUUUUGUUAUAAUUUGGGUGAACUGUUUUGGCCUCAUCUUCCUUCCUUUCCUUCUUCCUCUGUCGCUGGUCUUUUUCCUUUUGUGAGCUAUUUUUGUACGAUGCACAGAGUACAACUUGAUCAACCACCAUUUCCUUGUUGAUAAUUACACAGUGACUGAUGAGGGACUGACAGCCCACAGCUUCGUUUUUCAGUUUCACCACACCCUCUUACUUCCGUUAGCUGCAUGAAUGACGGUGCCAAACGUUUCUUGGUUCACAUAACAGCUGGAUAUCAACAUUCAGACCCAGUGUAGUCGGUUUAUUAAAGAUGAAAUAAUGAACAGACAGUUCAAGCCAGUUCAACCAAAUGUACCACCUAAGUGUCAGCCAUAUGGACAACUCGUUAUCCGUCACAGCAGACAGCGAUGUGUUGUCAGGAAUAACACAGACGGCCGGAAUCUCCCAUCUUCAUCUCGAGACGCGUUCAGAGAUUGAACACAAAUGAUGUCAGCUUUGGGACAUUUUUCAUUUUAUCUGAACAAGGACGUGUUCUUCCUCCUCAUGACCUUACACUUAUUGAAUUAAACUAGUGGCUGCAUGGUAAAUUGAAGCAUCCCCUCACCAGUAUGCAAUCUUGGAAAAUCUAAAUUAAAUGGGCAAUCUUGCACAAACUUACGGGAAAGUCCGACUGCAACUAAUCAUUAUUUUCAUUGUCAGUUCAUUAUUUAAUCUGUAACAUGUGAGAAAAUAGUGGAAAAGGUUCCCAGAGCCCAAUGUGGUGUCUUCAAAUUACUUGUUUUGUCCAACCGACCCUCCCAAACCUAAAGAUAUUCACAUGAUACAAAAAAAGCAUCAACAUUGAGUAGCUGUUUGGCAUUUUUUGUCUUGAUUAAUUAUCAAAAUAGUUGUUUUUCUAUGUAUCGAAUGGAUUAAUCAAGCAUGGUUUCAAGUAAAAUAUUGUAAUAAGUUGCGUUAAAGAAAUUAGUGGCGUUAAAACGAAUUUGCAUUAUCGCGUUAACUUUGACAGCCCUAUUAUUUUUCUUUCAAAAUUGCUCUCCUCUACUAGAGCGAUCUAAUCUUGCCAUGUCAUGUUGACUGCUGUACACAGUUCAGUCAUUUUAUGACUGAACUGUGUACAGCAUGAGGUAUAAGAUGUAAAUGUAAGAUAAAAAAAACCUCUUAUCCUAGCCACGUGUGUUAGCCAACCAAAACAUGGCCUGUGCUGCUUCACUUGCUGUCUGCUAUCCAAGGUUAGUCCAUCAGCAGUCUAUGUACAUAUUGUCCCUUGUAGUCCUGCGUGUGCGUGUCUGUCUGCCGUGGGGGAUGGACAGUGCUGAGUCAGACUAGCUGUGACUGUUUAUAAAACAUGAGUGGGCCUGGAAGUAGAAAGAAAAGGACAAAGCGCUGUAUCCCUUUAUUUUACCCCCUCUCCAUUUUAUCCUCGGUCCAACACACCGCCGAUGAUGUAGCUCUGCGCUAACGUGGCCGUGAGCGAGGUUCCCGUGUCAUUUCAGUCCAAUAACCCUUAGUCUUCUCACCCACCUGGAGAGAGGCCAACUCAUAAAGGUGAUAAGUCGAGAGCAUGUGCAUCUGAUAAGAGGAUUGAUAAUACUUAGAAACACAUCUCUUCUGCUGUCAAAGGUAGCUCAACUUCUGUUCAUAUUACAUCUGUAAUCUGCUCU